GUCUCCAUGGUUACACGUCAUACCUAGAGUUUCUACUUUUUCGAAAUCUGUAGUUUUUUCUGAGUAUGGUCUGUAGCUAUUAUUUACUUCUUAUAGCAAUACGUUGUAACUGUGUUGCGUUGUUACGCUGAAAUGGUUGUAAAACUGUGAUACCCAUGAUGCCCCGAGACUGUGAUUGAUUGUAUAAGCUGCCAUAUUGUUUUUAGCGGCAACAGAUUCUCGCCAUCCGAGAAACAUUUUGAAUGUUUUCACUAAUGUGGUGCCAGAUUUGAAAACCGACGUCAGAAAAAAACUUGAAGAUACACGAGAGGAACUGCGGAAUCUUGGAGAUGGCUUACCUAUUACGGAGGAGGGGCGCCAAGGAGUCUUGCUGGAUGUGAGUAUAUCGUGUCAAGAUUCAAAGAUGAGCUGGAAGGCUUGGCCAAAGGAGAGUAUACUACAAACCCGGGACAGGAAUUGAGACUGCUUACAGAAGUUCGAAGAAGGUUUGACACAUUCGGGACUGCUGUGGAAGGAAUGGCCCCCAACCACUGUGUCUGCUCUGAGAACAGCCGCUAAAGAUACGUGCGAGACAAAACUCGGCGAACAGUUUGACAUGGAGGACCUGAUUUACACCCAGGACCAAACCUACCUGAGAGAAAUUGAUAUUUUAAAAGAGAAGCAUGAAAAUGACGAAGAGAAAACGUCGUAUAUGUCACAAGAAUAUGGAAAAGAAGAUAAAGAACAAAAAGAAGCCGAACAUAUACUUGAUGCGCUGAAUUGUUACUUUACCGUGUCUUCUCGACGGGUUAUGGACAUGGUUCCGAUGAUCAUCCGUCAUCAGAUGCUCAGUGUUCUCGUGAACAGGAUUAGCACCAAGCUGAUGAAGUUUGCGGCUAAACCGGCGAACGCGAACCACGUGGUGGAGGAUCUCGGCGUGAUGCAAAAGAGAGAAGAGCUGCGCGACAGAAAAAAUCGUCUUCUACGGGCUGAGACAGACCUUAGUCGCUUCUAAAUCUGGCACGAGGAAGUGAAAUCAGCAUCGCAGAUUUUGGUCACUUGGAAUUUGCCAUUAUUUUUUAAAACAAGAGUCUUCUUACGAAAUAAUCGUCAAGACAAUAUUUUGACAAGAUGUAUUAGCAGUUUAAUUUUCACAAUUUGUUGUGAAAUAGCUCUUUAUUUAUUUUUUUUCACUGAGUAAAACCUCCCCUUCUACCCAAAUUUAUGUGAUGGUGAUAUAGUACGCUGAUAUGGCCAAUAUGGUAUAGGCUUUGGGCUAUGGUGAUAUGUCUGACGAAGAUCAAACAUUGACUACAGUGAGACAUAUGUUCAAUUCAUCGACAUUUGAAACUAAUGUUUUCUUUGUUAAUGAAUCAGUAUACCUUUAUCUUAACACAGUUUUACUAUUGUAAGAUCCGUGACGUGAAGAACGGAUCAAUGUUUAUUUAAUAUUAGAUUCGAUGCUUUAUAGACAAGCGUUUUGUCUUCCAAUUGCGUGUGCUUCAUUUUAAAAUAUUUUAAUAGUAAAAAUAUAUGUUGCUUUUCAGCUUUAUCUGUGUUACAUAAAGGGUCUGUGAUUUGACUAUCUAUGCGUAGAGUUUAGCCUUGCAGUGCUGUAGCGUGUAGUGUCUAUUCGGCUGUAAUCAGAUUUGUGGUAUUUAAUGUUUCAUGCCCAUGUUCUCUGUAUGGAUGCCACAAUA